GCCGCAGAGAGCCAUGGCUGAUACCUCAGGAGCUUCGAUUUGGCUGCAGAGGGUCAGGAACAGCAUUGAGAAUUCACAGGAAUGGCAGAAUUUCACAAAGGGGCUUUUCGAUGCCAUCCAGCAGCAGAUGAGGGACAGCCACGUUAAUGCCUUCUUGGACCUCUCUGAGGCAGAAAAGGCUUUUGUCCUACAGAAAGCCACAAAAGCCAUCCAAGGAGGUGACCCAUAUCAGGCUCUGAUGUCACAGGUUAGCACUUGCUUAGAGAAGGAGAUUUAUCGCCAGAUUGCUCAGGAGGUGCAAAGCGGAGGUUGGAUGACAAAUAGACUGACCUCGCUCCUGACUCACAUCGAGGACGGCGUGAUGACCUUGCUAGAGGAACGCCCAGAUCUGAAGGGGAGACUCCGUUCACUUUUUAAUCAGACUUUACCUGCCAAAUUGCGUGGGCUCACAUGGAGGCUGUACCUGUCUGACAGGAAGGCAAGAUUAAAGUACCUUUCACAGAUGGUGGCACAUAAGGCUGCAUCCUGGAAGGACGGAGAGAUCUCUUUGAGGUGCCAGGCCCUUCUGGAUUCUGAGCCAGCAUUCCAGGUCCUGAAAGAUAGCAAAGUUGCAGCCAGAUGCCUGAGGAACGUACUCUCAUAUUACCACAAACUCCAGGGCGCAUCUGCCCCACUGCAUGAGCAAGAUUAUUUCCUGCCGGUGCCUCUGCUGCGAGCCAUCUUGCAUACAGCUUCCCCCGCCGUCUCAGAGUCUGUGGAUUCAGUUUCAGUCCUCCUGGUUGAAGAAUUUCUGACUUUCAUGAAGCUCCAACCAUGGCUUCCAAAGUUAUCCACCUCCCAGAAUCCCAAAAGUGUCAGCAUUCUGGAAGAAGUAGCCUCAUUGCUAGAAGAAAUGGACAGAGAUCUGGCAAGGCUCCUGCAGAACAUAUACAUGCAGCCAGAGGAAGACCCCAAGUUAGCCCUACAGAGAGGAGUGAGACAAAUGCUCCAACCAGUCCUCAGCACUCUGUUUGUGGGGUACCUGAGCAUGGACACAGUGCUGUACAUCUGGGAUCAGAUCAUCCUGGGCCUUGAGUUGCAUUCAUUUGACUGCCUCCCUGCAUUCACUACAGUUUUCGUUCUCCUGCUCCGGGACCAGCUUCUCAAGUGUCAGUCUACAGCUGAACUGGAACUGACACUAAAAACUCAGGGACAGACCUUAUCCAUUCAAGGCUUCCAAGAUAUGAUAGGAAAAUACUUCUUUCAUGAACUUUACAAACAGUUGCAAAGAGACAGUCACGAACCUUUCCCAAUCUAUGAUCCCACUCAAGCUUAUCCUCCGUGGAGCUACCAAGGCUCCCAAACAGCAGCACCUCCACGGACAAGGCCAGAAGACAGAAGGAGGAUGAGAGAGGAACGUGUUUUGCUGAAGAAGCAAUACGAGGAAAGGAUGAAAGAGCAGGAGAGGCUUCAAAGGGUCAGGGAAGAAGAACUCAACAGGCAACAGGAGAGCCUACUGCAGAAUUUUGAAGCCGCCGCGAGGAAAUUUGAAAUGCAGAAAACCCACCUGGAAGAACAGCUUUCACAGGAAAGGCAGUUUCGUUACGAAAUAGAAACGAAAGCAGAGGAGCAGAUUCGUGGUUUGCAGGCUGAAAUCAACCGACUGAGAGAGCGGAAGAUGGAAACCGGCUCAGGCCAACACGAGGUGCCACAACUCUUCACUGCUCAGGAAAGCAAGGAUUUUUCAGAGACCUACUCCACUGAAAGUCUGCCAGCCCCUCCACCUUCCCCACGAUCUCAAGGGCCAACUCCAGCUUCACAGCAUCCUUCUUCCUCGCCAGAAACAGCCACAGGAAACAAUCCAACAAAAUCACCAAAAUCAAGCGAUGGGCAAAAUAAAGCUCAGACCCUCAUGCUGGAACUGCUGAAGCAGAUGAUGGAGACCGCUAGCACAAUUUUUAAUGGAUCGAACGCAGACGCAAGGGAACAACUGGACACAGCCACAAGGAAGCAUCUGCAGAACUACCAGCAGGAUCAAACAAAUGCAAAGAUUGAAGUUUUUGGUUAUGAAAUUAGUGAAGGAGAAAUUGAGGACAUUCCAGAACCCAGAAGAAAACAUGUGAGAAACAAACUGGAAACUAUAAUCAGAAGAGGGACAGAAGCUCGUUACAAAGUCCAGCUCGCAGCCAGAAGAAAUGCCCCAGAAACAGUGACUUGCGUGUGAAACCGGCAGGUGCCAAAGUAGCUUUCUUGCAAGGGAGGCCAGUGUAUCCCAUCAGCAGGGCUCCCCAGUACCCUCAUUUACUUGCACCAGAGGAAUGUGGGAAGUUCCCUUAGCUGGGGUCCAGCAACAUUGGCCCUGUGUGCUAGCACACAAACUGUGUGGGACUUGAUGUAUAUUACUCCCUAUCUUUUUCAUUUUGUAGAUGACUGAACACGUAAAUUUAAAAAGCGUACACCAUGAGCAGGCUGAAGCACUUUGUGAAUUACAUACCUUGCCUUGCAUCCCUGCCCAUCAGAGAGGCAAGUAGCCUCAAGUAACAGAAUUGUGGCUGUGACUCUAUUAGAUUCCCUUUCUUUGGGCCCUAAUAUAUUUAUCAGGAGCCAGGCCAAAAGAUUUUGAAGUCUUUCAAUUGGCCAGGGUUUUAUCUGGCUGGCCUGAGUUGUUUUACCCUUCCAGUGCUUGCUUUGGCAUAAUCUGUGUGUUCAUCAUAGAUUGUGGAGAUGUUUCCCUGCUCCUAUGCAUGAAGCCUGCUGAAAGACCUUGGCCUAGUCACAAGAAAGGGGAGUAGUUUGUCAGCUACUUUGAGACGCUUUACAGGAAAGGCAGGAUAUAAGUCUAAACUCCUCCUUUUCUGCUACUACCAGAAGUAUGUUGGGUCUGUAUAUUUUCAAGUAUCCACCACCAACAGUUAAGGAAGGUUACUCAGUUCAGUAUUAGGGAACAAUAAUCUCUAAUGGACAUAACACAGAAAACAGCUGGUUUAUACAGGUGCUGUGCAAACCCACACGAACAAGCUACACCACUGAUGAAAAAUAUGCAGGAGCAAAGACAGAGGUUGCCAGCCUGUUCUUAAUUCAUCUUGCUUUGACAAAACCAGAAAGGGCAGUGUGGAGGGAAGAAAUACAUCUAGGUUUGUUUUAAUAGAGACAUAAUCAAGUACCACAACUGGAUCCUUGAGAACCAACAGCAUGGUGGACAAAAAUCCCUUCCCCCACACGGGAGACUUGAUACUAUUCUUCUAUUACAAACAGAAGACUGAAUAUAAAUCAAGUGGUAAAGGGACCCUCUGCUUAUGAAGUCUCUGCUAUAGGGGGCAAUGCUUGCUGUCAUUUCAAAAUGAGGUCUCUACUGUGCACAGUACAGGUAUGCCUGUUCACUUGAGGCUAUUUUGCCAUUUUUUCUAUGAUUCAAUCACCAUCAAAUAAAUUGUUGAGACAAGACUUUUUAACUUCAA